GCUGCAUUGCACCAUGACGCGCAAGUCAAGGGGAGAGCGCUGUCGCUCAAUGGGUUAAACGUUACUGUUGUAUAUAGACUCCAUGAUGACCUGUGUUUUUCAGGAGCGACGUGUGACCGCUGUAUCCAUUGAGGUAAAGAAAUCCGAACACAAAUAUGUUACUGGACCCAAAGGACAUGCAUUACAAGAGAUUUUUGCAUCCACAGGUGGGUAUAGUAAAUGAAGAACACUUGAAGCAAGUCUAAUACAUGUAGUUAGUUUCUUUUUGGUGUGCGAUAAAUAUAGUCCAAGUUAAGCAGAUUCAACUGUUUGUUUUCAGGAGUAUCUGUUGAAAUGCCACCUUUGGACUCGGACACGGAAGUAAUCACUUUACGAGGAGAACCAGAUAGACUCGCCACAGCCUUGAUCCAGGUUUAUGAUAGAGCUAACAGGGUGGGCGUUUAUAAUAAUUGUAAAUAGUAAAAUGCUAUUAAUUGUGUAGAUUUCAGAAUAAUAUAUAUAUGGGAUGCUGUGCAGUUAAAAACAAAUAUUUCUAAGCAAUUUCCAACCGGCGGCCUUUUAUAAAUACUACGUUUAAACAAAGGUAUACUGUAGAUCCUAAGAUUCUUGAUUGUGUAAUGAAACACCAAGGGCAUGCAGGCAUUCCAAUAUUUAAUAGUUUUAACAGCGAAAUUGCGCAUGUCUUCGGUCUUGUAUUUUAUGUCUACCAUUUGUUCGCCAAUACGACUUACUGAUUUAACCUGCCAAUCAAGUACCACUGGUCAUAUCUUCCACUAACUUAAAUGAGUUCAUGUUUACACUGUAGCGAUCGAAUACUGAGAGAAUCUCUUUGGCUCCCAGUUUUGGACAAUGGGGUCACAGUAUUUCAGCUGGAUUGAAUAAUUCUUCACAAAAACAAGAUCAACCUGAGGGGAACAGAUAUUCCACAUUAAGUGGCGCAGAUAUGCCACCCAGCCAAACUUACGAUCCCAGAAGAUCUUCAUCGGCUUGUACAAGGUAAGAAACUGAAUCUAUAUUGUAUACGUUUUUGUUGUGCUUUCAAAGGAUAAAAACUCGUCAAGAUAAAGGAUAAAACCGCCGAUCUAAGGUAGAGCGGUGAUUAAAGUGCUUAUGCAAAGAAAUUUCAAACCAUUUUUUAUGAUUGCAUUGUAAAGAAAAUCCAAAAUGACUAAUCAUUAGAUAAUUUGCCAAAAUAUUUUAGCCUGAAUGUUUAUUUCUUGAGAUAUUUUACAGUAUUUUAUACGCAAAUUAUCCUACUAUAGGACGUCAAAUUGCAUCAUUAUAUGCAUUUCUGAAAAAAUACUUGCAUGUAUAUCUCUUGCAUGCACAUACAGUAGUUCAUUCAAUUUUGUCGACACAUGACAUAUAUUUGUAGUAUGCUGACAUAACACAUUUUCACGGUUUUGAUAGAGAGGCUACAAUAAAAAAUGGGGCAAACGAAAUCAUGGACAAGGCCACAGAAGUUUCAGAUAGAGUACCACAAACAUUAGGGAAUACGGCUGAAUUAUCAAUUAUCUUUGAUUCUGGUCCAUUGGAACAGAUAAAGAGUGACAAUAAGGAUAAAAGCUUGGAUAAUUCCCGUAGUCAUGUUGUGGAUACGAAGUUUUUGGAUGAUAAUGACGCACACACGGAUGUUAAUUCUGAGAAAACUGAAACGAAAGUUAAUGAAGCCAUAGCAGAUACAAAAAAGAUCUUUG